UACCUACUUACCUCCAGCUUUCUAUAUUUUACCAGUUCAGUUUGAGUAUCUUCAUACAGACCUUUACGAUCAGUACGUUACACUAAAAGAUGUUGACGAUUCCGUUUCUUUAUCCCCAAACUUCCCAGCCGCCGAAGUUGAAUUGAAAUCGUACAGAUUAAGUUUGCGAGCAGACCAGGGAUAUGAUGUAACAAUUAUAAUAGAAUUACCUGCUUCAGAGGAAAAUCGCAAUUUGGGGUUAUUCAUGAUUGAGCUUUACUUAUCAACAGAAAGCACUGGGAACAUCCUAAAUAAAGUGAGAAAGCCCGUUCGACACAAUUUUAAAGGCCCGAUUUUUAAUUCGAGUCCAGUUAACUGUCAGAAAUGUUUAAAUCAAUAUUGUCCAAAUUUUGAGAAAGAGGAAGAUCCUCUCACUACUAAAAAAGCUAAGAGGCAAAAUAUUCUCGUCUCCCGCAAGCCUGCCAUGUUGAGAUACCAAUCACAGCUUACACGCGUGGCAAAAUUUCUUUUAUUUCUCUUGUUUUAUAUUUUUGGUAUAUUCGAGGAAACUCAAAAGCUUACUAUUGUAAUGUUUGAGAACUUAUUUGACGGUUAUAAUAAUAUACCCAUCGUUUCCGCCAGAAUUCAACUCUCUAAACCUGUUCAGCCUUAUUCCAGGUUUACUCAUGCAAGCUUCGGUUUGAUACUCAUUUUAAAGGACUUAAGUGGUUUAUGCACUGGCACCCAGUGACUUCUUUUGUAAUAAUAACUUUAGGAAUUUUUUUCUCCCUUCUUGUACUUUUCAGCUGGGUAGUCUUAUAUGGGCCAUUUUUUAGUUCAGCUCCACGAAGUAAACUAAAUAAAAGUAGAACCAAACUUUUACAAUCUCGUUCAAAAAUAUACGAGCCAGAAGACGAGGCUGUCUAUUAUGACGCUAUUUCCUCUACUAGGAAAAGUGCUGGCUUUGAAAGAAUUUUAGCUGUUAAAAAAUAGCUUUUAAAUAAAAUGUGACUUUAUUUUUUUUAA